UAUGUAUAUAUUGUGAUGUUAUUUAGUUAUUAUCGAUUUCGUUUCAGUGUCUUAAUGUUGCUGCUGUCCUUGGUCACGGACGUAUCAGGGACUGUAAAUGACACUCCACAACAGGUGGUGACGAAGUACAACAACUACAAAACAAUAUGUACCGGACUGGGUUAUAUAGCCACACAAUGCAACGAUGAACAGAGAGGUUCAAUUGCUUUUCAAUCGUCACUCAAAGGUAACUUAGAAAACAUGAAAACAUAUGAAACGGUGAUAUUCAAUCAGGUUUCGCUGAAUGAAGGCAACGCUUACAAUACAACUUCCGGAAAAUUUACUGCGCCGGUAGAUAGCGUGUAUUUCUUCAGCUGGACAACACUUUCAGACGCAGGGAAAUAUUUCAUUACUGAAAUCGUUCUUAACAAUAUUCCAAUAGCGUACAAUCGUACAGAUGGAAGAGGUCGUCCAAACAACUCAGGAUUUGUUAUGUCAUCCUCUAAUGCAAACAUAAAAAUGAAGAAAGGAGAUAAAAUAUGGAUCAGAACCCAUUACAACUAUGGUCAAUUUGCUCGAGGUGGAGAUAGAGGCGAAUGGUGUAACUUUUCUGGAUUUAAACUCUAACAUCUUCAAAAAUCGCAGUGGGUUACGAACAUUGAAUGGUUUAUGCUUAUACAUGUUUAUCAACGUACAUAUAGUUAUAAUUUUAAAUUGUAUUGCAUAAUUGUAAUUGCUUAAAAAAUUUUGUAACAAAAUUGAAUGCCACAUGCCAAAAAACUGUUAAGAAAAAUAAAAUAAAUUAA